AUGAGCAACACGACUUUGUACGAGACCACGAUCCCCACCUUCAUCCGCGGCCUGCAGACGCUGAGCUACAUCCUUGCCAAGGCCGGCGCCUAUGCCGACGAGCACCAGAUCUCGGCGCAGGCCGUCGCAGGCUGGGCGCUGUGCGACGACAUGCGGCCGCUGAGCUUCCAGGUGCAGUUGGCCAGCAACACGGCCAAGAAGUCGGUCGAGCGGCUAACGGCCUUCUCGGGGUCGCCGUGGCCCGACGACGAGGACUCGCUGCCGCGGCUGGCUGAGCGCGUCGACAAGACCAUCGACUUCCUCGAGCGCACCGACUUCGCCGCCAUCAACUCGCCCAACCCCAGCACUAUCCACCUCGUGCUCAAGGACCGCAUCUUCGACUUCUCCCGCGAGGACUACGUGCUGAAAUACGCCCUGCCCAACUUCUUCUUCCACGUCCAGACGGCGUAUGCUAUUCUGCGCAUGAAGGGCGUGCAGAUUGGCAAGUUUGACUACUUGAACGCUUUCCUCAAGGGCGACGAGAAGAAGUGA